GCGGUUCCUGCCGUUCGCCGCCAGUAUGACAAGCAACAACGAAACCGUCUCCGAUAUUGCCCGAGUAUAUCGAGGGACCUUCGUCCAUUCGACCCAAAAUGCUGCGGUGGAAAUUCUCGAAGAUACGAUUCUAGGAGUCGAUACAGAGGGAAGGAUUGCCUUCAUUGGUGCAGCGGCAGAAGUGGCCAAACUCGCAGAGACCUGGGGGUUUCGAAUAUCAGACGUGAGACACCUGGGACCUCGGUUCUUCAUGCCGGGCCUGGUGGACACUCACAUUCACGCCUCUCAGUACAGCUACACGGGCACCGCCUUGGACCUGCCUCUCCUGAAGUGGCUCGAGACCUACACCUUUCCCACGGAGGUCAAUUACAAAGACCUUGACUUUGCCCAGGAUGUCUACACCAAAGUCGUGAAACGAACUCUGAGGAACGGCACCACCACCGCCUGUUACUUCGCCACCAUCUACACGGAUUCCUCCCUGUUGCUAGGAGAAAUCGCAGACAAGUAUGGACAGCGCGCCCUGGUGGGGAAAGUGUGCAUGGACGCAAACAACGCCGUGCCACUGUACAAGGAGACGGUGGACCAUUCUACCAAGGAGACCAAUCGGUUCAUUGGUGAGCUUUUAAAAAGAAAGUAUGCCCUGGUGAGGCCGAUCGUGACUCCCCGCUUCGCCCUCUCCUGCACCCCCCCGCUGCUCAGCCACCUGGGGGAGAUCGCCAAGAACAACGACCUGCACAUACAGAGUCACAUCAGCGAGAAUAAGGAGGAGGUGGCCCUGGUGAAGAAGCAGUUCUCCGACUCAGAGUCCUACGCUGAGGUCUACCACAAGCACAACCUCCUAACUGACAAGACAGUGAUGGCUCAUGGCUGCUACCUCACCGAUUCUGAGCUGGAGCUGUUUAGGGAAACGGGAACUGCCAUCUCGCACUGUCCCAACUCCAACAUCUCGCUGUGCAGUGGAAUGCUGGACGUACGCAGGGUCCUGAAACACAAGGUGAAGCUGGGACUGGGCACAGACGUCGCUGGCGGGUAUUCUCCCUCCAUGCUAGACGCCAUCAGACGGGCGGUGGACACCUCCAAAGUCCUGAACAUCCAGGACGCUGAACACAAGACACUCACCUUUGAGGAGGUGUUCAGACUGGCCACACUGGGGGGAAGCGAAGCCCUCUCUCUCCAGGAGCGAACCGGGAACUUCCAGGUGGGGAAAGACUUUGAUGCGCUGCUGAUUAACCCCUUGGUUCCUGACAGUCCGUUUGACAUGUUCCCCAAUGAGAGCACUAAGGGGGUUCUGGAGAAGUUCCUGAAUUUGGGUGACGACCGGAACAUUGAAGAGGUGUACGUCGCUGGCAGAAAAGUGAUCCCAUUUCAGGAGUGAGAGUAGCUACCAGACCCCGAUAACCACGCGCCUUAACCGCAUUAACCGUUUUUUAUCCGUCUGCUUACUAGUUUUACUAUCUAUACAUAUACAGUGUAUAUUGUUGUACUUUUUAAAUAUUGUGUAGCCCAUUGAAAUCAGGGCAUUUGCUUUGACUGGACCAAAGCUUUUGCACAUCUUGUCUGCCCUGGCUUUGCUGUGGUUACCCUGUCGUAGCUCAGGGUGAUGUCAUAAUCGAAGGCCGGGCUGACAGGGGAAAGAGUGUGCCUUUUCUCUUCAGCUAUACAGCAUGCUCAGGAGAACAGAAAUGUAUUCCCAGACUCGUUGGGUUAAUUGCAGUGUGAUUAGCUGGAGUCUGAACCUCAGGUUUAAAUCCCUAGACAACUGAACUGCAUUACAACUGGAACAGCUUAUUUAAUAAUAGAUAUGGAUAGCUGUUCCAGUUGUAAUGCAGUUCCGUGAUGAGAUUAAACCCUAUGAGGUUUAAACUCCUAGACAACUGAACUACUUUACAUUUCAGUGACCUAUUAUUUUUGUAGACGUUUAACAUAUUUACCAUGCAUUCUGAAGGAAAUUUUUUUUUACUAAUAACGCUCACUGUGACAAUGUAACUGAAAAUAUACUAAUUUUAUCAAAUACGUAUUGAGCUUGCUACCUUAUUGUUGUAAGUUGGAACCAGUGUUUAUCUGAAUGUACAAGUUAAUCAUUCAAGUACAGAAUAAAGUAAGCUAGAAACAGUGCACUUUUUGACCACAUCCAAAUGAAACACUGCUGCUCAAAGGGAACUACUAACAUGGGAAUCUAAUAAAAUACCUGUGAAUAUUU